AUGGCCGAGCUCACGUACCGACCCGGGAGGCAAAAACCCACGGUCGUCCCGUCCAAGUCUCGCUACCAUAAGCCGCGCACGACCGCACUGCACGAACACGAAGGCAUCGCCUCACAACCGCGCAACAUGACCCGUGCGGACGCACGAGCGUACCGUCCGACCAGACCAGGAAGGCCUCGUCUGUCGUCCGGCCAGAACAUUCAAGCCUUUAUCAUUCACCAGGCCGAACCCGACGACCAAACAAGAAAUCCCUCGGCCACGAUCGACCCGAUAGCCGGCCGAACGUCCCGACCGACCGUCCGAACGGUCCGGUCGACCCGAAGCCCGUUUCACACGUUUUCACGGCCCCACUUAACCUAA